AAAGGUAGGCUGAGUGGUGGAGGCGGUGGUGCUGAUUCAGAGAGUGGGACACUGGUAGGAGAGAGAGAGAGUAGAUAAAGAGGGACAGAACAUUCUGAGGGUUUCAGAUUUGCACUAAGUUGAGAAAGAUGAAGAUUGAAGAAAACAGCUCAUCUUCUUUGAUUCUCUCUGUUUUUUAUUAAACUUUUUAGGGUUUCUUACUUUUUUUUGUUGGAUUGCUGUUUUGUGUUUUGUCGGAUCUCUCUUGGAUUAGAGUUCUCUGUGUACAAACAGCAGCCCACACCUUUUUCCCCCUGUCUUUAUGUUUUUUUAACUCCGUAAUUACAAAGAAGGCUUCUCUUUCCACCUAAGGUUCAGCUUAAGACAAGAAGAGAGCACAACAAUCUUCAGAAAUGAAGUUUAUGAAACUUGGAUCUAAACCUGAUUCAUUUCAGUCUGAUGAAGAUUGCAUAAGGUAUGUAGCAUCUGACUUAGCCACAGAUGUAGUAGUAAAUGUUGGAGACGUGAAGUUCUAUCUCCAUAAGUUUCCUCUUCUGUCCAAAAGCGCUCGUCUUCAAAAACUAAUAGCUGCAAAAAUCAAUGAACCAGAUGAUGAAAUAAGUAUUCCUGACAUCCCUGGAGGACCACCAGCGUUUGAGAUAUGCGCCAAGUUCUGCUACGGAAUGACCGUAACUCUCAACGCUUACAACGUUGUAGCCGCACGUUGCGCUGCUGAGUAUCUAGAGAUGUAUGAAUCUAUUGAAACCGGGAAUCUUGUUUACAAGAUAGAGGUAUUCUUGAACUCUAGCGUUUUGAGAAGCUGGAAAGACUCCAUUAUAGUUCUACAGACGACAAGAAUGUUUCAUCCGUGGUCACAAGAUGUUAAGAUCGAUGUACGGUGUUUGGAGUCGAUAGCUUUAAAAGUUGCAAUGGAUCCAGCGAGAGUAGAUUGGUCUUAUACGUAUAACAGAAGAAAGGUUACUAACAAUGGUGUGCCUAGAGAUUGGUGGGUCGAGGAUCUCGCCGAGCUUAGUAUAGAUUUAUACAAAAGAGUUAUUUCGAGUAUAAGAAGAAAAGGUGGUGUUUCAGUUUCACCUGAGGUUAUAGGAGAAGCUCUAGAGGUAUAUGCAGCGAAGAGAAUCCAAACAGAUCAUCAUGAUGAUGAACAAAGAUCUUUGUUAGAGACAUUGAUCUCGUUGUUGCCUAGUGAGAAACAGAGUGUUUCUUGUGGGUUCUUGAUCAAGCUUUUGAAGUCAUCUGUUUCUAUGGACUGUGGAGAAGAAGUGAGGAGAGAGUUGAGUAGGAGAAUAGGAGAGAAGCUAGAGGAAGCAAAUGUGGAUGAUCUUUUGAUCAGAGCUUCAGAGGAGGGAUGUGAAACAGUCUAUGACAUUGACAUUGUUGAGAAGUUAAUUGAUGAGUUUAUUACACAAACAGAGAAGAGAGACGAGCUUGUUUGUUCAGACAUGAACCAAGGAGAUGUGUUUGUUUCAGACAGCUCGAGAGGAGCUGUGGCAAAGUUGAUUGAUGGAUACUUGGCUGAGAUCUCGAGAGUCGAACCGAAUCUCUCUCCUUUGAAGUUCAUUGCAGUUGCGGAAAAGGUUUCGUGUUUCCCAAGAUCAUCACACGAUGGAGUUUACCGUGCCAUCGACAUGUUCUUAAAGCAACAUCCAGAAAUGGCAAAGAGCGAGAAGAAAUCCAUAUGCAGACUAAUGGAUUGCCGGAAACUAUCACCGGAGGCAUGUGCUCACGCCGUGCAAAACGAGCGGUUACCUUUACGUGUAGUUGUGCAGAUACUCUUCUUCGAGCAGGCUCGCGCCACCAACGCUAAACCUUCUCUUCCACCCAGCGGCUCUCACGGGAGCUCGAGGACGACUACGGAAGAAGAGUGUGACUCAGUCACGGCCACGGAGGAGACAACAACGACAACUGCCACGACGAGAGAGAAGACAAAUGGUUCCGAGAAGAACAAGGCUAAAGGAGUUGUGAUGUCUCGUAUUUUCUCGAAGCUUUGGACUGGUAAAGACAGAGAUCGUGUUGGAGAUGUUAGUAGCUCUGAUACGUCUGAAAGUCCUGGCUCAGCCACCACCGUCGAUGAUAAAUCAACGCCGUCGACUCGCCGGAGAAGAUCAUUGUCUUGACUUUAGUCAUUUUUUCUUUUCUUAUUUAGGCUUUCUAUUAAGCUAACUUGUUUUAGAUCAAACUGCGCUGGGUAUGAAAUCACAGCCCACUGAAAUUGUAUGAGCCCAUCUAUUUAUGAAUAAUAAUUCGGAAAAAUCCU